CUCAAAGAUAAAGAGGACGGAGGGCGCAAUCCUCCAUAAAGCUUUUUUAAAGAACAGACUAAAGCUCUCAGGACUUCCUCCUCCCGAGACUAGGCGGCCCUCGGCGAGCCAACGCAAACGGAGCGACUGGGCCUGCGCGCAGCGCCCGGGUCACGUGACCAUGGCUCCGGAACCCGGGGCUCCUGGUACGGCAUCCGCCGCGUUUAGGGCCCGGCUGCGAACAAGACGGGGCGGGAACUUUUCUUCUGGGGGCGGGUUCCGCGGCGAGCCAGUGCGAGCGGGAACGCCCCUCGUCCCGGUCCCGCGGGGCCUGGCUCGCCGGGUUCCGUGGCCGACGAUGGCCCACUGUGCAGCGGGCGGCGCGCCCCCCGCGGUGCUCCCGAGGUCCCCCGGACUCGGCAGGAAAGGGGUGCCCAGGAAGGGUCCCGGGGAGCGGCGCAAGCUGAAGGCGGUGGUGUCGGAGCAGCUCAGCCGCGACGUGCUCAGGCUUUUAAGGGAAGAGAUUCACACGGACACUGUUCUUUCUGUCGGUGGCUCUCUGUUCAAAGUGCACAGGGCAGUCCUGUUAGCCAGAGCUCCUGGCUUUCAUUUCCACGUCAUUGGACAGAUGCCAAGUGGCUUAACAAAUGAGCUUGUUCCUGUGGACAGUGUUGACGCUUCAGAACUGAGAGCAUUUUUACAGAUUGUAUAUUCGUCAAGUAAAAGCAUAAAAAGUUAUGAAGAGGAAAUUCUCAAAAAAAUGAAAGUGGGAAGUGUUGUGCCAGAGAAGAAGCCUGACGUUGGCGUUCAGGAGUGUGGAAAUUUGUCUGAUUCUUUUCUUGGGAAGUGCGAAACUCAAGAGGAUUUUACUGGUGGAGGUGGCAGUUUUAUUUCCAGUGAUAAUUAUGACCUGGAGCCUGCGUCUGAAUUAGGAGAAGAUUUAGUGAAACUGUAUGUGAAGCAAUGUUGUCCAGACAUUGAUAUCUGUGUUGAUGGACAGAGUUUCCGCGCUCACAGGGCCAUUUUAAGUGCCAGGUCCAGUUAUUUUGCUGCCAUGCUGAGUGGCUGCUGGGCUGAAAGCUCCCAAGAGUGUGUUACUCUUCAAGGCAUAACCCAGGGAGAAAUGAAUGUUAUGAUGUAUUUCAUAUAUGGGGGGACUUUGGACUUUCCGGACAAAACUAAUGUUGGUCAGAUACUGAACGUGGCUGACAUGUAUGGCCUGGAAGGAUUAAGAGAAGUAGCCAUCUAUGUCUUGAGAAGAGACUACUGUAACUUCUUUCAGAAGCCCGUUCCCAGAACAUUGGCAUCGAUUCUAGAAUGCCUAAUUAUUGCUCAUUCAGUUGGAGUGGAAAGUCUUUUUGCUGACUGCAUGAACUGGAUCAUAGACCAUUUUGCAAGGUUUUGGUCAGAAAGAAGCUUUGCAAAUGUUCCUCCUGAAAUUCAGAAAACUUGUCUCAACAUGCUGAUCCAGUCCUUAAAUCCUCGGAAUGCUGCCUUCCUUCUGAUGGAGAGCGACCGGCUCAUCAUGGGCUUACCUCGAGUAAAGUGGACAGAGGCCGCGCUGACCAUGGCGUCCCGGCUGCAGGAAGAGUGUGUGGCGUUUAUUGUGGAGAACUUCUCCAGCAUCAUCAAGAGUGAAAAUUUCACCCUGCUCCUACAGUCACAAGCCAUGAGCAGCACAGCUCAUCUGUUGGACAAAAUUUUUAAAGCAAUUGAAGACAAUAUCACCACUGAAAAUAGCUGCUCCCUCCUUAUGACUCUGGACACGUUGCUGAAUUCCGAAAGUACAAAGGAAAUGGGCUUUACGUGCAAGGUCCAAGCUGUGCGUGACAAGCUGUGGGCCUUCCUCGUUCAGUCUUUCUACGCUGUUCGUCACACGGAAGGCUGGCAGCGGAUGCGCAUAGACGACCAGCAGAAAAUCCAAGCAGCCGCAUUUGACAAAGGUGAUGACCGAAGACUUGGCAGGAGGCCUGUGCUCACCAGCUCCCAGCAAAGGAGACAAGGCUCUGAUGCUGUUAUAAAAACAAAACCUCGGACAGAAGAUAAAAAAGUCUGUUGGACAUCUCCCUCUGCUGCUCAGAACAUGAAAUCUGAUGGGUUAGGAGCAUCUGGCUGUACGUCCAGCACGAACAGAAGUAGUGUGAACAAAGUGUUCAAGCACAGUGACGGCACAAAAGCAUCCAGAGUUACGAAGGAGGGGAGAGCUGGGGGGGGAGCCGUCUCUGGCAAGUCUAAAACUGCAGCAAAGCCUCAGACAGAGGACAAUGGUAGCGCCAAGCCAGAAGAUCUCUCCAAAGUCGUGGGAAGACCAGCAAGAGUGGCAGCAACUGGACAGGAGGACUCAGUGCCUGGAAAAGGAAUAAGGAGCCAAGAAGCGCAGACUACAGGGGCCAGGCCCAAGGUACUCACUGCAAACCUCAAUGUGCAAGCCAGAGCCAAGCCUUUGAAAACACGGACAGGAAAAGAUCCUUCACGCGCCACCUCUGCAGGACCCUCUAGUAAAUCUACAAAUUCAAGUAUGGAGCUUUUGACUCCCACUGGAUGUGUGGAUGAGCCGAAAGAAAACGGAUCAGUGGGAGACAGGUUGUCUGACGAGAAGCUGUACUUGAGUGACUCUCCAGGACAGGUGUUGAAUAAUGGAAUAGUGUCAACUGGAGCUGUAAAAUCUCGACUGGUUUCAAGAGUUCCAAAUGGAGUUUCCAAUAAAAGAAGCCUUCAUGAACAAGACUCUAAUAGCAGCAGCGGAACCAAAAAGGUGAGUGGCAAAGGACUUGGUGAUCCAGCACCGCAGGCAGCCCUGAAGAAAAGAGGGAGCAGCAAUGGAUAUAUAGCAUCUCAGCCGCGGACCAAGAGCGCCCCUCCCACCCUGGCUCAAAUUCAAGGCCCCCACGGAGAAGCACCACGCUCUGUAAAAGCUCCAGUGUCUUCCAGGCAGUCUGAUGGAAAUGUGGCAAGGCUGAGGCACAGCACAGCUGCAGACAGGCAAACGCCUAAGAGAAAAGUUGUCAAGCAAGGACAUGGAACUUUGCAGAAGGUUAAUGCAAAAGUGGUACCAAUGCCUAAAAACCCAAGUCAGUCCAAGAAAGGUGGAACUUUGAAUAAUAAAGGUUCAAAACAGAAAGUGCUUCCUGGAGAAGUCAUGCUGCAAACUCAAGCUCCGCAAAGACUUCCCAAAACUGAAGCAGCCCCCACCCCAAAAUGUGUGCUCCCCAGUGUGAGUGACAAGAGCCAUGUUUCUAAACAGAGGCCUCACGGGUCCCUGGCUCACCUUGCUUCUGAGACCAGUGGUGCAGACGCACCCCAGUCACUGUGCACACCUCACCUGCAAAAGCCACUGGACAGUCAAGACAAGAAGAAACCAGAGCUAGAAGGCCAAAAUAGAUCAAAGAUGGAUGAAUCAAUAAAACACGAACUGAAGUCAAAACUAACUGGCGUAGAUGAGAGUAACACGUCCGUUUACAAAGAUGCGAAUCAUCUCAAUGCAAACUCGAAUUGUGGUAACCUCACUGCUCUGGAACCCAUGAUUUCAAAUGCAAAUGAAAACUCCGUAAACUCUAACCCAGCUGGUGGUUCAGGCUCAGCAAACUCAAAGCAACUCUGUGUACUGUCAGGUAGAGAGAAACAAAUAGGAAGGAAAGACACGGACACGAAACCAAGUGUGGAUUGUGUGACAGUGAAAGAAGUUCCGUGCGCUCCUGGAGAGGCAAAUGGUACCCUAGACUCUGUCCAAGACGGAAGGAAAGCAUCAGUUCAGAGCCUCCUACCCAGUGGCUCUGCUCCAGUCAACUCAGCUGUUCCGUCCAGGUGUCUUUUGGGACAACCAUCAGAAAAACAUUAUAAAAACAUGGAAACAUCAGAAACCCCAGAGAGCCAGGAAACUCCGUUCAUGGGUCACUGGGGUCUCAGCAGCAGGGCCACACAGCAGAGAGAGCAGAAAGAGAGCCCAGAAUCCGACAGUGGCAGCGCCACCACGUCCUCGGAUGACAUAAAGCCCCGCUCCGAAGACUACGAUGCCGGAGGAUCUCAGGAUGACGAGGGCUCUAACGACAGAGGCGUCUCCAAGUGUGGCACCGUGCUAUGCCAUGACUUCCUUGGGAGGAGCAGCAGUGACACCAGCACCCCCGAGGAACUGAAGGUGUGCGACACCAACCUGAGAAUUGAAGUCCAAGUGAAAAGGCAGAGCGGGAGCGACCUUUUCCAGGUCAACUCAACCAGUGACGAUGAGACGCCUAGGAAAAAGCCAGAAAUGUGGUCUCGAUCUACAGUGAUCCAUCCCAGGGAGAAAGAAAGUAUUCCACGAGGCAGUGUCCCAUUUGCUCAGGAAAUGGACCAGGUUUCUUCGUCAGCAGAUGAAACAGAAGACGAAAGAUCCGAAGCGGAAAAUGUUGGGGAAAAUUCCUCCCUGUCCAACUCAGGUACUCAGCACGUUCAGGGAAUAAUUAACUUAGCUUUCGAAGAUGGAACUGAGCAUGAAAGCCACGAGUUUUCUGCAACUAAAAGAUUUAGAAGGUCAGUGCUGCUCUCCGUAGACGAGUGUGAAGAAGUGGGGUCUGAUGAAGGGGAAGUCCACACCCCCUGCCAACCGUCUAUGGAUUCUCUUUCACCUUCUGACGUUUUUGAUGGUGUUUCUUAUGAGCGCCACGGAAGGACAGGCCACUCCAGAUUUUCAAAAGAGAGCGAAGAUACUUCUGUACAUUGUAAACUCAAUGCUAAAGACCACAGUGUAGAUAGAAGUGAGAGCAUCGUCCUGGGUAAUAGUAGCAAAGACUCUUCAAGAAUUGAUAAACAGAAUGUCUCAGCAGACCACAAGAACAGGGUAGAUGUCCCAUCCGAAGGAAGCCAACAGCCUUUUCCAGAAGAUGAAGAAACAAGUCACAGAAGUGAGGUGGCCGGUGACUUCCAGCCGCACGACACAUUCCUGGAUGGUGACCUGAAAUCUCAAGAACGACCAUGUCACUUGGAGCUUCAUCAGAGAGCACUCAGCUCCAGCACACCAAAGAUCAGCCCAGCAAAAUCUCUAGACUCCCAUGCGAGCCAAGUGAGAGAGAGCCAUUCCACAGCUCCCAGGAAAGCUAAUAACGCUGUGUUUUCAGGAGACAUAGAUGCUUGUGACACACUGGCACAAACCUGCAUGUAUGACCACCGGCCUCCAAAAACCCUCUCUCCAAUAUGUGAGGUAGCAGAAGCGUUUGAGCAGAGAGUGGAGUCAGAAGCCCAUGUCAGAGACAGGGACUCUGAGGAUGACCAGCACUUUGUACAACAGGACUGGACUCUGCUGAAGCAGCUGCUCUCUGAACAGGACGCAGACUUAAAUGUCACAAAUUCUCUUCCUGAAGACCUAAGCUUAGCGCAGUACUUAAUCAACCAGACACUCCUUUUAGCUCGAGACAGCUCAGAACCUCAGGGCUCAGCACACGCUGACACGUGGAACCUGUGGAGCGAACUGUCGUCCCCACCGGGCGACUCCUCGGCAGGGGACACCAUGGCGAGCAUUUCCUCAGAAGACUGUUCGCCUCUAGGGGAGUGGACAAUCCUGGAACUGGAAACCCAGCAUUGAGAGUUUCAGCACUCGGGAAAAGUUUAAACUAUGCCACCCUGUAUUUUUGAUGCCUACAUUAUAUUUAUAAUUUCAUUAGCCAGAAUUAACCUUCAAUUUAUUGAGGUAAAUAUAGCUUAUUUAUUAAUAGGUUAUUAGUAAUCUCAUGUCUCAUGUUAAAAAUGUUUUUUUUCUAAAUUUUGAGCAUGUUUUUCAUAACUAUUAGAGAGAUUAGGAGACUUGUAGAAAAUCUUUGCUCUACUUUUCUUUCCCAGCUGAUAAUUUAUUCAUUUAUUUAAGAAUUUCCAUAUCAGUACAUAAGGAUAUCAACUCCUUACUUUUGAUUCUGCAUAUGGUACCAUAAUAAUUUAACAAUAAACUUACUGUGUGAGUGUGCAUUAUAUAAAACUAAUCUGUGAAUGGCAUUCAGACUCAGGCUGGGUGCUGGGGUUGGGGAGACAGAGGCUCCCCGCAGGUUCCCCAGCAUUUCAGGACCAGGACAUUGAGAUGUGAUCGUACGCUAAGUUUCAACCAUAUUUUUAAUAAGCUAGGAGGAUGGGGCUUUCUGGAUAUAUCCAGGGCAGGCACUGGAAACAGUCUUGUCUCUGUGAACCCUAGCGGUCACUUUUAUUUUGUGUGUCAUGAUAAGAAUACUUUGGAAGUGCUCUGCACUGAGCUAGCCCCUAGUAUUAAUUGAGAUGGGUGGGUGAGGGAGGCAGCUAGUCCUGAUCUUCCGCGGGCAUGGGCUUCCUGGUGUCUGCUUAGAUCCUUCUUUGUGGUCAGAUUUCCCUCAGUCUGUAGUUCUGUAGGAAAACAGAUAUACAAUGCUACCAGAGAGCAAACACUUGGAUCUUAGACGCCCUGACUAUGGUCCUUUAAGGUCAUGGGAUUUCAAACACUGUGUCUUGUAACUAACUCGUGUUUCUCUAGAAUAUAUCAGAAGUAAGGGAAUCUUUUAAGUUAAAGUUUUUCUAAAUUAGCAAAAUUUUCAAAAUGACAUGGGUUGUAUACACAUAUUGAACAUAACAACCAGCUUAAAUAGAAUUACUUGUUCUAAAAUAACAAUUAUGUUUUCAUUUAAGUGCUAAUCUAUUAUGCCACAAACUUCAUUCUUUUUUUCCUAUACAUUUGCCUGCAUCUAUAUGUCUGUGUGAUGAUAUCAGAUUCCCCAGAACUGGAGUUUCAGACAGCUGUGAGGUGCCAUGUGGUUGCUGGGAAUUGAACUCAGGACCUCUGGGAGAGCAGCCAGAACUCUUAACCUCUGAACCAUCUCUGCAGCAAGAAUUUUUUCAUGCCUAAAAGGUUUUAGUUUUUUUUACAUGUAUUUUGCGUGUGUUUACGUGGGUAGGCAUGCACCCGUGUCACAGCACACACGUGGAGGUCACAGGACAGCUCCUGAGAGUCAUUUCUCUCCUUGCCACUGCGUGAGUCCCAGGGAUUGGACUCGGAUGCCUGUACCUGCUGAGCCAUCCCUCCAUCCCCAGUUUUACACCCUUUCAGAAGCCAUACACUCAGUACAGGUUACUUUGUAGCUGUUGACUUGGUUAUUUAAGGGAGAGAAACAGGCAUUGAGCAUGAGGUGAAUGAAGUAAACAGUUCCUAGCGGAGGGCAGCAGGAGGAGAGAAACGUUUUAAGUUUUAGUAUGUACACUCGCUGUGUACUUGGAAGCUGGGUGGGAACCUAAGGAUUAGACUGGUGUCUUUAUAAACGGUAAAGGAAGGCCUUAAGACCAGAAGACUUAGAAGGUCCCGCAGCUAACUUGUGGGCUCGGAUCCACUGUUUCUUAGUUCCACUUUGCUGUUAUUUCCACCACAAAAAACACUUCAUUUCCUCACCACGCCACGAACAAACAUUUACCAGUAGUGGGUAGCAUGGGAAGGCCUUCCGUGGCAAGGAAGCACGCUUCAUUCCCGAGACGUUUGUGGGGGUUUUUCCCGAAUGUGAAGUUGUUUUACAUGUUCCUUUUUAAUAAUAAACCUCCCCAAAGUUUA